AAAUGAAUUUCCUUUACUCCUCUUCACAUACAUUGUAUAUAAACCUCCCCCAAAUACAAUCCCAUAACUCAUUUCACUCUUCUGCUCACCUUGUCUUGGUGUUUGUGGGCUGCUUUCAGUUUCUGGGUCUUCACUGUUACCUUGGUUUGAAGCAGCCAUGAAUGCUCUUGCAGCCACCAACCGCAAUUUUCGCCAUGCAGCUCGCAUUCUUGGGCUAGAUGAGAAGCUUGAGAAGAGUCUUUUGAUUCCCUUUAGAGAAAUCAAAGUUGAGUGUACUAUUCCAAAAGAUGAUGGUACUCUUGUUUCCUAUGUGGGAUUUAGAGUCCAACAUGACAAUGCUCGUGGCCCGAUGAAAGGAGGAAUCCGUUACCAUCCUGAGGUUGACCCGGAUGAAGUGAAUGCUCUAGCUCAGUUAAUGACAUGGAAGACAGCUGUGGCAAAUAUUCCUUAUGGGGGAGCUAAGGGUGGGAUUGGCUGCAACCCAAGGGACCUGAGUAUCAGUGAGUUAGAACGUUUGACUCGUGUUUUUACUCAGAGGAUACAUGAUCUCAUUGGAAUUCACAGGGAUGUUCCUGCCCCUGACAUGGGAACAAACGCCCAGACUAUGGCUUGGAUUCUUGAUGAGUACUCAAAGUUUCAUGGGCAUUCACCUGCAGUUGUGACAGGAAAACCUAUUGAUCUUGGGGGUUCACUUGGAAGGGAGUCUGCAACUGGACUUGGAGUGGUUUUUGCGACAGAAGCUGUACUUGCUGAGUAUGGGAAGUCAAUUUCAGGCUUGAAGUUUGUUAUACAGGGUUUUGGAAAUGUGGGCUCAUGGGCAGCCAAGUUGAUUCAUGAUAGAGGGGGUCAUAUCGUUGCUGUUAGUGACAUCAGUGGUGCAAUUAGGAAUACAAGUGGAAUUGAUAUCCCAGCUCUACUGAAACACAAAGAGAGCAAUGCGAAUAUGAAAGAAUUCCAAGGUGCCGAGUCUAUGGACCCAAAUGACUUGCUUCUUCACGAAUGUGAUGUUCUCAUUCCCUGUGCCUUGGGAGGGGUUAUUAACAAGGACAAUGCUGCAGAUAUUGAGGCAAAGUUCAUUAUAGAGGCUGCCAACCAUCCCACUGACCCUGAAGCCGAUGAGAUAUUGUGCAAGAAAGGAGUUGUUAUUCUCCCUGACAUAUAUGCCAAUGCUGGUGGUGUGACUGUGAGCUACUUUGAAUGGGUUCAGAAUAUUCAAGGCUUUAUGUGGGAAGAAGAGAAAGUAAACUGUGAGCUUAAAAGGUACAUGAAGAAAGCUUUUGUUGACAUCAAGAGUAUGUGUCAAGCUCAUGACUGCAACUUGCGAAUGGGAGCUUUUACCCUUGGGGUGAACCGGGUUGCACGCGCUACCCUUUUGAGGGGCUGGGAAGCAUGAGCUAGCUAUCUUCAUUCGCUACUCCUGUUGGCUUAUCAGCUGCUUCUCCUUAUCAUUAGAAAGAAGUAAAAGAACUUGUUUGUUUUUCAGUCAAUGUGAAAUUAAUGGCCGUAUGAGCUUUUCAUUUCAACAUCCGAAUUUGCAAAAAGCAUACUAGAGAUGAACACCUGAGGCUUAAGGCCAAUAGUAGUUGGUUAAUUUGCUUUCCAAAUUCUUUCUGAGCUCCUUUAAACUCGUAUUCACUCAUUUGCUGAUCACAGUCUCUCAGAACACCCUUGGCAAUAAUCCUAUGAUUCCUAUAUUCUGAUUCUGAA